GUUGUCGGUGGGUGGGAGUUGUUACAAAAAUACUUCCGGGUUGCUGGAUGACCUUGAGCCCUCCGAAGCGAUAUGGCGGCUCUUUGCAGGCUGAGUGUCCUCUGCGGUGCCCAAGGAGGCCGAGCUCUGUUCCUCCGAGCCUCAGUGAUCAGACCUGCUUAUGUCUCAGCAUUUCUCCAGGACCGACCUGCCCCAGGAUGGUGUGGAGCGCAGCACAUACACCUGUCACCGAGCCACCACUCUGCUUCCAAGGCUGCAUCUCUCCACUGGACUAGUGAGAGGGUUGUCAGUGUUUUGCUCCUGGGCCUGCUUCCAGCUGCUUAUUUGAAUCCUUGUUCUGCGAUGGACUACUCCCUGGCUGCAGCCCUUACUCUCCAUAGUCACUGGGGCCUUGGACAAGUUGUUACUGACUAUGUUCAUGGGGACACAUCGCAGAAAGCUGCCAAGGCAGGCCUUCUGGCACUUUCAGCUUUAACCUUUGCUGGGCUUUGUUAUUUCAACUAUCAUGAUGUGGGUAUCUGCAGAGCUGUUGCCAUGCUGUGGAGACUCUGACCUUUUUGACUUCCUACCUUAAGAAUUGAUUGUAUGCCUCUUUGCCUCUGCUUUGUCGUGCCAUUCAACUCAUAAUAAGGAAGAAAUGAUUAAGUCCAUUGGUGGACAAAGCUCUUGUUAUAAUCGUGGUUAUUUUCAAAUAUUAAUUUUUGAGAAAAAGGUUUGAGAGGUAUAGCCAAGAAAUUUUAAGACUGAGUUUCAUAUUAUACUGAGUUAAUGGAGUUGUCUCUCAACUUCUAACAAGACUCAUAGUUUAACAAAACUUUAUGCAACUAUACAAGCUUUUGCCUUCUAAUUUAUCAGUCUAAGAGAUUUCAGCUUUAUUACCAUCAACACAUGAUCAGACUUACAUAUUUGGUCUGGAAAUAAGGGACAAAGGGAAAGACUGUUAAUUCAUGAAUAAUGACUUUGCAGAAAAUUAGAUAGUUUAAUUUUUGAAAAAAUCCCUCUCUGCUUAGUUGAUACCAGCUACUGAUGAUUACAUAUCCUAGAGAAACUCUAAAAUUAGGAAAUACUGAUAUCUGUCUCACAUUCUGAAUUUCUAAAUCCUAGGAAGCAGAGCUUGGAGAGCUUCUGAAUGUAGAGAAGUUCCAUGUAAGGACUAGAUGCCCCUUGUAGAUGUAUCAAAAUACUAUCAAUUCUAAACUGAGACUUAAUCCUCAAAUGUGUUUUACUUGUUCUAAAAUAAUCUGUCCACAAAUAUAAUGUAUAAGUAAUAAAUUGUUAUUUUCCCAUUGUAGAACCCCAACAUGAAAAUGUAUUCUAUGAAAAGAAAUUUUUAAAAAUGUUGUAUAAUAAAAAUAUAUGCUACUCUUUUA